AUGAUGCUCGCGGUUCAGGUCCUGCGGCUGGUGGUCUGCAUCCUGGUGCUUCCCAUGUUUCUGCUGAACCUUCUAGGCAUGUGGAGAUGGAUAAGCAAAAGGUUCUUUCCCUACUUCAUGAAGGAGUUCGGUGUGAUAUUAUACAACAAACAGAUGGCGAGCCUAAAGCGGGAGCUCUUCAGCAACCUGCAGGAGUUCGCGGGCCCCUCGGGGAAGCUGUCACUGCUGGAGGUGGGCUGUGGCACCGGGGCCAACUUCAAGUUCUAUUCCCCCGGGUGCAGGGUCACUUGUAUCGACCCCAACCCCAACUUCGAGAAGUACCUGUUCAAGAGUGUCGCAGAGAACCGGCAUCUGCAGUUCGAGCGCUUCGUGGUGGCGGCCGGAGAGAACAUGCACCAGGUGGCCGAUGGCUCUGUGGACGUGGUGGUCUGCACCCUGGUGCUGUGCUCGGUGAACAACCAAGAGAAGAUUCUGCACGAGGUGCACCGAGUGCUGAGGCCGGGAGGAGCCUAUUACUUCAUAGACCAUGUGGCAGAUGAACCGUCCACCUGGAAUUACUUCUGGCAACAGGUCCUGAAUCCUGUCUGGUUCCUUGUUUUUGAUGGAUGCAAUCUAACAAGAGAGAGCUGGAAGACAUUAGAGCAGGCCAGCUUCUCGAAGCUGAAGCUGCAGCACAUCCAGGCACCACUGUCUCUUCCUUUGGUGCAGCCCCACAUCUACGGCUGUGCUGUGAAAUAGUGUGAGGUGGUGGGAGAGCUCUGCUCUGUUCCGCUGGUUUAAGGCUUCCGUUUUAGAUGUAAAAUUCUAACUGGGAGAGGGAAAAAUCAAGUUGAUCCACACAGGUUUCUGCUUAGCCGUUUUCUAUAUUGUCUCCCACCGAAUCAAAACCAAAUCAGAGCAGCUUUGAACUCUCCCUCCAAAGGGACCAAAGGUCUCUCAUAGGCCUUUGAUAAGGAAGCAGUGAAGAAACUUUACAGUUUGCAAACCAAAUAAAUGAAUCCCAGUGGAGAGAAAACCCACAGCUGACUAACACAGGAACACCCCCCCCUGCCUACCCCAUCCCUGUAAAAAAGAAUCAGAAUCCACUUGCUAUGCUGGUGUCACUAGUCUGUCUGCUUUUGCUACCACCAGUGCUCGGGCCAGCGGCUCUCCAUCCCUGGGCUCAGGGUUUUGCCAAUGCCUGCUGCACUGUCCUGCACUCCACAGCUUUUAUAAGUGCACCUGACACACCAGCGUCAUCACAGAACUGCACAGAACGGUUGGGAAGUCUCUGUUUAAUUUCCCUUUCUUAUCUAGCACAUACCUUGCUGAAUAUAAUUACCAUAGGCAGUGAAAGGCAACUACAGUUAGGGAAAUGGGUACAGUAUGUGGGGGACCCUAAAAGUAAUUCAUGAGAGUAGUUAGCAAGGACUGGGAGGGAUUCUUCUGAUCAAAUUUCACUGGUCCUGAGUGGGUGUGGUGGCACAGCCUUAAUCCCACCACUCAGGAGGUGG